AGAACCAGAACCGGGACACAUGCAGCACCGCAACGCUCAGACCCACCGCAGGAACCAGGACCAGGACCGGGACCAGAACCGGGACCGGGACCAGAACCGGGACCAGGACCGGGACCAGGACCAGAACCGGGACCGGGACCGGGACCAGGACCGGGACCGGGACCAGAACCAGGACCGGGACCAGAACCGGGACCAGAACCGGGACCAGGACCGCUCCGACGGAUCGCUGUUCUCUGAUAAAUCUACAUCAAUCAUUUAGUUUUAGGUUCUUCUGGAUCUUUUCCUGCUUUUUCUUCUACAUUAACUUUAAAAACAAUUAAAAUUAAACAGAUCAGAAGGAAAAUGUAAAGAAAUAAUGAAUGGACCUGGAUAAUUCCUGGAUCUAAACGCUGGAAAUAUUUAUGACCAAAAUGUGCAGAAAUUAUCUUUAAAUUAUCAUCCUGUGUUUCUGCAGACAGAUUAUUAUUAUUAUUAUUAUUAAUGCCUGCUUCAGUACUAACGCUAGCACUAACAUUCACAGUUGGAUGGGAUUAGCUCCCCCUGCAGGAUGGGAGGAAUGAAACCCAGAAACGUUCAAAUGCGUUUAGAUCCUGAAACAGAUCCAGGAGCUCAGAAAGUUGAUCACUAAUCAGGAAAACUUUCUCAUGAAAAUGAUCUCCGAAACUCAGU